GGCGCCCGCCGCGGCAACGCUGUAAGAUCGGCGCCGGUGCAUCUUCAAACUCCGGGUGUGCAGCGUCGGAAGCCGAUGCCCUGCGGCGGGCUGUACGGGAACCGGCCGACGGUCAUCCGACGCGGCCCCACUUGUCACAGCAGCUGCCGUGGUUGAAGUGGGCUUCGCACGCCGUGUGGCCGCCGCCGCAGUGCAACUUCCGAGAUGCAACCACCGCCGCGAAAGGUGAAGGCCCACACACAGCUGAAAAACAUCCAUAAUGAGCAGAUUACAAAACUACAAACAAAACACCAACAAGACGUCGAGCUGCUCGAGGAUCUCAGGAACUUCACGAAGAUCCGGGCUACGGUGGAAAAGGAAUACGGAAAUGCUCUGCUCAAAUUGGCGACGACGUACCUGCAGAAGAAGCCUCCUCCUGGUGUUGAGAUCAAAAGCGAAGACAGCGAGGAGAAAAAGACCGUGUACGGCGUGUGGCGUAUGCUUCUGGACGAGACCGAAAAGAUCGCCAAGGCACGGCUGGCCGCUGCAGAGGUUUUUUCACAGCAAAUAUCGGAAAAUGCCAAAAACGUCCGGGCCAACAAACUACACGUGGCCAAGAAGUGCUUCGACAACCUGCGCCGAAUCCAGGACGAAGUGCAACAGUGCGUGCAGGAGGUGGACAAGACCAAGAAGCUGUACUUCGAGGAAGAGCACAUGGCGCACGAGGCACGGGACAAGGCGCACGAUGCGGAGGAAAAGCUGAAAAAGAAGAAAGGCCGAAUAUUCCAGUCAAUCACUUCUCUGCAAAAGAGCAGCCAAAAAUUCUCGUCCCGAAGAGAAGCGUGCGACAUCCAGUCGACAAAAGCCCGCAACGACUACAUACUCGCUCUGGUGGCGGCCAACGCUCACCAGUCCAGGUUCUACGAGACGGACCUGCCCGACAUUCUGCAGUCGCUAGAUUGCGAUGUCUCGGAAAAAGUGAAAGACUACAUCCAACUCAUGAGUCGGACGGAGCUGCUCACUGUCACCGCUUGCAACUCGUCAUUUUCCAGGAUCCUCGAAGACGCCAAUCACAUUACACGGCAGUACACCGUGGAAUGCUUCCUGCAGGAAAACCAAGUUCUAGGAAAGCCUAUUAAAUACGAGUUUGAUCCAUGUGACAACGACCAGGUGCGCACCAUCUGCACGGAGCACCACGCGGACAUCUGCCUGAGCAAGGAGGCCAAGAAGUGGUCCUCGGCCUACAUGAAAGAGUGCCGCACACUGCGCGACGCCAACAAGGAGCUCAACAGGCUGCUCGGACAAAUCGCCAAGGGAGAAAGGACCAUGGAGUCAUCAACGGGUGAACAGGAAGACGUAGAGCAGAAACUCGAGGACAUUAGAAACAGCAUCCGCAAAGCAGAGACAAGCAAAUUGAAAGCCGAGGCACGCUUGGAAGCGUUGAGGGAAGGUGGAGUGAACGUGGACGAGUUCCUCAAUUCGCUGGACAUCGACUCCCUCCAGAUCGAAGACCUGAGCCGCAAAGGCAGCACCGCAUCCCGUGGGAGCCGCAAGAGUUCGCGCUCAGAUCUAAACUACGAGGAACCGAACGAGGCGGAGUAUUACGAGGGAGACUUCGAGAGUGGAUCCUUUCCGGAGACGUCCGGAGCGCCAGCGCCAAUGAGUGUCGGUUCGGACGAAGCCGCCCAGGUCAUGGCUGCCGCCUCGUCGGCACAGGGCGGCGCCUUGUACGACCCGACUGCAGUGAAAUGGGACGAGCCCGAGGUGCCAGCUGUCGACGUCGGCAACCUGGAGGCCUCCGGUGAACUGCCAGCUACCGAGGAAGAAGGCGAGGAGUAUAUGCGUGCGGCAGAAGAACGCGAGGGCUCGCUCAGAGUGGCCAUCAAGUGCUUCGCACUCUUCUCCUACGAGGCCGCCAACCCUGACGAGCUAAGCUUUGUGGAGCAAGAAGAAAUGGAGAUCGUCUCCGAGGGAGACGGGGAUGGAUGGAUAAAGGCGCGGAAUUACAAAGGGGAAGAAGGCUACAUCCCACAAAACUACGUGGAGAUAGCAGAAAACCAGACGGCGGGGGCAUCCGGCGAGUCCUUUUCGAGCGUCGACUACCGUGUCGAGACGAGCGGCGACGUCGACGGCGAGACUAUCUUGGCCGCCGACCCCGAGGGCGCCCAGGAGGAGGCUGUGGCGAGCGGCGAACCUCCUGCCGAGGCAGCAGAGGAGCCGUUCGUGCCACCCGCAGACUUCCCGAACACUUUGGCUCCUCCCGGAGAAGUGCGCCUUAGCACCACGUAUUGCCGCGCUAUCUAUGACUACGAACCGACGUGCGACGAUGAACUGGGCUUCGAGGAAGGCCAGGUGAUUCCGCAUUCUGCGCACCGUAGUGCACGACGGAGUCGACGACGGCUGGUGGGAGGGAGAGCUGGACGGCCGCACCGGCAUCUUCCCUUCCCUCAUGGUCGAGGCGCUCAAGAUCACUGGAGAGCCGCAGACCCCGAUGGAGGACCCGAGUAUGGACACUGUGCCGCCGCCUCCAGCAUUCACGCCACCGAAGCCCUCAUUCCUCGUUGCGCCGUCUCAAGUCAUACUCACGCAGCCAACGCCAGACCAAGAGCAGAGUGGAGAAGCAGAGCAGUCGGCAGAGCCAGGUUGCAGAAGACACUGCGCCCGCGGCUGAAGCCUUUGAGACCACCGACGCCACCGCACCAGCAAACGGUGACCGUGGUCAUCGACUCACCGGACGAGCCGCCGCGCGAGUUCGGCGACAGCGAAGACGAGGACAUCACUGACCGGGUGUCCGUCGUCGAAGCGCCGGUUGAGACGACGCUGGCCUCAGAGCCGACCGAAGACGGAAAGGUGGCCGAGGUCGCGGGCGACGCCAAGGCGGAGAACGAGAGCAGCCGAGAUAACCAGCCAGAUGAUGGUUCCGUUGCUGCGUCGUCGGAAGCUGCUGCUGGUGCCGAUCUUGGGGAACCACCCGAAGAACUUUCGAAAGAAGACCAGGCAAAUAACAAUGCGACCGACUGAAUGUAUCCUAGCCGAAUGUACCAGUGAACGACGGCCUCGUCUGUGUGUUGAACGUUUCAAACAGUGAUCGAGGCUUGAUGCUGUGUGUGCGCGCUUCGCUCUGUAAGAAGCGAUGUUAUGCUGGCGGACGGGCCUUACAGCGCUGUCUAGCCAGAAGUCGUUUUGUUGCGCUUUCUAAGGUGUGCGCUGAAAUUGUAGGAAAGCAGUUUCAAAGUUAAGCCGUUCAAUUUAACAUCUUUCUAUGAAUGUGUUUUAACGAGAUACACUAUGAUAUGGUCAUCAUAAUGAGCAGUUACAUUUCAAAAACUGACCUCCUCCCCUCUUUAUCUCCAUGGCCGUGUCUUUUAAGCGCUAGGCUGAAGCAGAUUUGCAUAGGGAAAACCAGGUACUUCUGUCGAUUAUUCAGAAAAAAAGACGAUACAGCAUUACGUGGAACAAGGGGCGUGGCACUUCUUAUUGUAAGGCCAUUAGCAAAAACGCAAAAGAUAAAACAUAAACGUGACUGGCGAAAGCUCUGCGAGAUGAAAAAUUUUCUAUUGCGCACUCGUCAUAUACAGCGCUAUUCGGAAAGUUAAUCUAACUUAUAUAAUAUAAGCUCUCAAGAACUGGUAUACUGUGAAGUUGUAAAGGCAUUUAUGAAGGAUAUAAUCGGGAAAGGGGAAAUUCGAAUGCGCACCGCACAAAAUGCCGCGCAAACUUCUAUACCGCAUCCAAAGUACAGAUCAUAGAUGCGUCAAAUUACCAGGCCUUGAUCCAGCGCAAAGCAAAUAUUCCAUCGUAUAGCAAAGGAAGAAUUGAAUACGGCUACUCCAGUGUCUUCUACAGUGAAGAAGAUUUAGGCAAUAUGUUUCAAAGCACACCAACGUCUGCAAUAGGAAAAAAAAAGUCACAGCUCUGCCGCAAAGGUGGAGCAAUGAACGCGAUAAAAACAAAUUGGAAGGUCACGCGCAGAAUGGUCAGUAGAUCGAAACGUUCCCUGCGUUUCUCAUGCACAAAUGACGCACGAAACGUACUCUCAAGUAGAGAUGAACGCGAAUAAGCGUCUCAGUUGUUACUUCGCCGACGCCGGCGGCAAAAUCCAGCCGAGUGUCCAUAAAAUUGCUAUCGCAAUGAAAGUGACUAACUGGACUCGUCAACCUUCCGUUCUUCCUUUUUCCUCGUCCUGGUCCCACUGUGCUUCACUCGAGAGAGUGCGCACUUGAGUAGGUAUAUUGGCAAGCAAAGCGGCGCUUCCCGACAUGCUACUUCGAAAGUGUUGAAUUCAGUAAGGACCAAGCUUCGGAUUUGCACUUGUUGGUCGGUGUCAGGAUUAGAUAAAAGGAUUCGUUCUGCUUUCUUUGUGGAGCCGACUGCUCGUCUAGCCACGCGUGCAAAGUGAGGAGGCCAGCCACACACAGAAGCACUAUCGAUUUUUGCUAUAGUUUUCCAACAAUGUUGCCUUUAUUAUUAUCAAGUCUGUUUUGCUUAAUUAUUACUGACCCAGUACUAUGUAGCGAGCACCUCUAUCAAAGAUGCCUCCACGCAUAAAGCUGCAUAACUGUGUAAUUUAACUUUUCACUUGCCUAUGAAGCUUUUAUGUUGGCCACAUCUCCACGGAAGUAUCACAUUCACAGUAUCCAAACUUGUUGUCUUGUUGCUUCAUUCUUAUAGAGACAUUUAACAACAUGUGCUGUAUCACUAAUGAGGAGGAGUAAAAAAUAAGGAAAACGAAAGUCGGGCUGCUGGCCGAUUUACUUUCAGGCUUGGUAUUCAAGCCUGCCGAAUCAUCAAAAGACGUUCACCAAGUCUAUGAGAAUAACCUUUAGUUUUUAGUGCACUAUAAUGUGUAAGGCAAUAACGGGGACAUUUCUCACAGAAAAUAAAACAAGAACCUCCGUUUACAGAGAAGUAACAACCCUUUCAAAGUGCCCAAUGUUGGUAUGUAUUUUAGAAAUGUUUUUGAUAGCUUGGUAUGUUGCAAAGCUCGUAAAUUUGUCUGCUGCUCCAGUCAGUGGCUUAUCGUUUACAACUGUAACGAACUAUCACUGGGGCAAAAUGAAGUGUGAAAAUAUUAUCGCUUUUAUGAGCGAGCAAGACAAUAUUCUCAGUCGCUCGCAAUGCAGGAAACAGAUCGAUGGCGUAUUUGUUGUUUUCAUUCUGGGGAAACAUGCCAGUUAGGUUUGUAAAGCCGGUCUCACCCGCUGCAUUUAUUUGUUGUAUAAUAAUAAUUUAUGGUCAGUUGGAUGACGUCCUAUAUAAAAGAUCAGGCGCGAAUAUAUCACACUGAACCAGCCUUCUUGUUUCCGGUACUAAAUUUCAGUUUGAUAAGGGGAGCGGUGUUGCGGGUAUGAAUUGACCAUUGGUUGGAAGUAUAGAUGUAUUUCGAAUUACAAGUUUUCCAGCCUUAUAGUUGUUGAUCUUUAUUUACUGGCUCAUAUUUGCUGUUGAUCUGUAAAUAGGAACAGACGAAGCCGCCACUGUUCGAUGUGCAUAUAGAAAGUAUGUGAUGUGUUGACUGCGGAUUGCACGACACGUCUCUGUUUGACCGUUCCGGUUAUUGUCCCUCACAGAAUAAACGCUCCUAAGUUCUUUUCA